AUGGCCCACGACGAGGAAAUCACCGACGCCCAUCGUCGGGACAGCCACGACGGCGGCUCCGUCGAGGAGGUGCACCAUGUGGUUGACGAGAAGCACGACUACACACAGCACCACCAGCACCACCACCACACUGAGGCUGAGGUGCAGGCGCUCGAGGCCAAGCUCGGCGGCGAUGCAGAGGGCCUCGUCGCGCCCAUGGACGACGUCGAGUACGUCAUGGACAAGAUUGAGGCCAUGACGGUCGAGGAGGCGCAGGAGAUUCUGCGCACCAUGCUCAAGGAGCACGAGUACGACUACAACUUUGCCCAAAGCCUGCGCGACCAAAUCACCACCCUGCUGCAGGGCCCGCCGGAAAAAGACACCGCAGGCGGCGACUGGGUGACGGAGAUCAAGACGGUGGCGGCGCUCAACCGCUUCUACUCGCCGUACCCCGAGGUGCGCGCCAUCACGACGCCCGACGACGACCCGGACAUGCCGUGCGAGACGCUCCGCGCGCACUUUCUGGGCCUGGUCUGGGCCGUCAUCGGGCAGUUCACCAACUCGCUCUUCAACUCACGCUUCCCGAGCAUCACGCUGGGCUCCGCCGUCGUCCAGAUCCUGCUGUACCCGUGCGGCAUGGCCCUGGCCUGGGCGCUGCCCGACUGGGGCUUCACGGUCCGCGGCACCCGCGUGUCGCUCAACCCGGGGCCCUGGUCGUACAAGGAGCAGAUGCUGGCGACCAUCAUCAUGGAUGUCAGCAUCAACUCGGCGUACUGCUUCUCCAACAUCCAGACGCAGGCCGUCUACUACCACGACACGUGGCUGACGGCCGAGUACAGCAUCCUGCUGCUGCUGUCGACGCAGCUCAUGGGGCUUGGCUUCUCGGGCCUGCUGCGCCGCUUCGUCGUCUACCCCGUCGAGACCAUCUGGCCCGCGCUGCUGCCCACCAUUGCCCUCAACAAGGCGCUGCUGCUGCCGGAGCGCAAGGAGACGGUCCACGGCUGGAGCCUGUCGCGCUAUCAGGUCUUUUUCAUCUGCUUCUUCGGCAUGUUUGUGUACUUUUGGAUCCCGGGCUACCUGUUCCCGGCCCUCUCUACCUUUGCCUGGAUGACCUGGAUCGCGCCCAACAACUUUCCUCUCAACAUCAUCACCGGAAACUCGGGAAUUGGAUUCAACCCCAUUCCGACGUUUGAUUGGAACGUCGUCAUUCAGAAUGGCGCGCCGCUCGCCAUUCCGUUUUUCGCUUACGUGCAGCAAGCCGGCGGCCAGCUGAUCUCCGCCUUUAUCCUGAUUGCCAUUUACUGGACCAACAAGUCGUGGACGGCACACUUGCCCAUCAACACGUCUACCAUCUACGACAAUACGGGUGAGCCUUACAACAUCUCGCGCGUCAUCGACCCGCAGCGCGCCGUCGUCCUCGAGGACAAGUACAAGGCCUACUCGCCCCCGUUUUACACGGCGGGCAGCCUUGUCUCGUACGGUGCCUUUUUCAUGUUUUAUCCCAUCACCAUGGUCUUUGUCCUGCUCGAUGCGUGGAGGCCGCUGCUAAAGGCGUUCAAGUCCAUGGCUCGGGCUGUCAAGGAGUCCGUCGUGGGCCUCUUCCAAGGCAUCUACAGAAUCACCGGGGCUCUCGUUGGGGGCAACUUUCGCGAGGCGGCCCAGCAUCUGUACGCCAUGUUCAGCAGCGACGGGUCCAUCUACGACGGCUUCGAUGAUCCCCUGACGAACAUUAUGCGCAAAUACCCCGAGGUUCCGGAUUGGUGGUUCCUCUCGAUUGCCUUGAUUGCCUUUGUUUUUGCUAUUGUCGUGCUCGAGAAGUAUCCACAGCUUGACACGCCUGUUUGGACCAUCUUCUUCGUCAUCGCCCUCAACCUCGUGUUUUUGAUCCCAAUGACAUAUAUCAAUGCCAUCUCGGGCAUUACCCAGGGCUUAAACGUUGUGACGGAAUUGAUCAUGGGUUACGCUCUGCCUGGACACCCUGAGGCUCUCAUGUUCGUGAAAGCCUACGGAUACAAUAUCAACGGUCAGGCGGACAACUACAUCUCGGAUCAAAAGAUGGGCUUUUACGCAAAGAUUCCGCCACGUGCCAUGUACCGCGGUCAGAUUCUGAGUACAAUCAUCACGGUCUUUGUCUGCUAUGGCGUGGUCAACUUUGUUGACAAUACUAUUCCCGGCAUCUGCACGCCGGAUCAACCGUCCAAGUUUAACUGUCUCGCCGGUUCUGCCGUCUUCUUCUCGUCAUCCGUUGUCUGGGGUGCUAUUGGUCCCAGCCGCGUCUUUUCUCAGCUGUACCCUGCGAUGAAGUACACGUUCCUUUUCGGCUUCUUGCUGGCCCUCGCGUGGUGGGCCGGGAAGCGAUUCGGCUCGAUGGCGCGCGAGGCCAUGCGCAAGACGCUCCCCGGCUCCGUCUUCAAGCCCAUCGACUAUGUCCUGCUGAAGCCGCUUUCCUGGCUCAAGCACGUCCACCCCACCAUUGUCAUCAACGGAGCCAUGGCAUGGGCGCCCACCAACUUGACUUACACGACGGUCGGAUUGUACUUUUCGUUUGGCUUCAUGUACUACCUUCGCCGCUACAAGACGGCGUGGUGGGAGAGAUACAACUACGUCAUUUCUGCUGCACUGGGCGGAGGUGUUGCUUUUUCUGGCAUCAUCAUCUUUUUCGCGCUGCAGUGGAAUCCUGUGAACCUUUCCUGGUGGGGUACCAAUAUUCCUGGAGAGACGAUUGAUGGAGGCGCGGGCCAAACGUCGUUGCUCCCUCUCCCUGAUAGGGGAUAUUUUGGGCCAGAUAGCUGGUACUAG